CUCUCUUUCUCCCAGGGCGAGCGCCUCAGAUCAGAAUCAUCCAACACACGCCAGUGCACGAAGAGUUCAGCAUCACCGGCGGGGCUCUCUUCCGUGCGUUAAAGUGCUCUCUUAAGUGUAGCCUACGGUUAAGGGAGGGAGAAAAAUAUCACAUCUAAUUUGUAUUACUUUGAAGGUGCAUUACUUUAGCGGUUCGGUUCCGCGCUUUAUGAAGAUAACUGGAAGGACACUGAAGAGACGUGUAUCAGUUUGAUUUAAAGUUGUUACCAAUCCUUCAAGAGAAGAUAGCGCUUCAAGACUGAGCAAGAGAAGAGAGGAGAAGAGUGAACUCUCACCAUUCCCCCAAGCUCCACACACCAUGAAGACUGGAGACUCUGAAAGUCCGGGUGGGACUCCAGGGGAGAGAAGCUGCUCUCGUCCCCUCUCUGGGAGCCCUGCAUCUAAGAGGCAUGGGUAUUCUGUGUCCUGGUGCUCUGGUGCCAGUGUCAGGCAGGGGAGGCUGAAGAUGAGUCUAGCCCACCCAUGGCUGCUUCUGAUGGGCUUGGCGCUGAUGGUUGGCCUGUCUGCUGGAGAGAACAUCAAACAGAGUGUCCCCAGGGUCAAACUCAGUUACAAAGAGCUGCUCCUCGCGGGCAGUGUGUCAGUCUUCCUGGGGCCCGCCGAGGGCCUCCACUCCCAUACGCUGCUGCUGGAUGAGGAGAGGGGCCGUCUGCUACUGGGGGCCAAAGAUCAAAUCUACCUGCUGGACCCUGACAACCUGGCCAGGGGCCCUAGAAAGAUUAGCUGGCCUGCCCCCAGAGAACGAGUGGAGAUGUGCAAACUGGCAGGGAAGAACGCCCACAUGGAGUGCGCCAACUUUGUGCGUGUGCUGCAUAACUACAACCGCACACACGUGUAUGCCUGCGGGACAGGAGCCUUCCAUCCCAGCUGUGCCUUUGUGGAGCUUUCCGGACCCAGACAGAAUGGGGUGUUCCAGUUGCUUCCGUCCACUGUCGAGUCAGGCAGGCUCAAGUGUCCAUACGAUCCCUGGCAGCCCUUCACCUCCGUUCUCACAGACCAGUACCUUUAUUCUGGCACCGCCUCUGACUUCCUGGGUAAAGACACAACAUUCACCCGGUCCCUAGGCCCGCCCCCUGACCAGCACUUCAUACGCACAGACAUCUCAGAAGACUACUGGAUUAACGAUGUGGGCACACGUUGUAUAUUUACACGGUUACGGAAUAUCAGCCGUUGGGUUUGGUCCUUUACAAUUGCGUCAUCUCUCCUGUCUCAGGUGAAGCCAGAUGAUCGCAUCGUCCACACGGACAGAGGUCUCCUCGUCCGCUCUCUGCACCCUACGGACGCCGGGGUGUAUUUCUGCGUGGCCCAGGAACACACGCGCUUCACACACACCCUGCUGCGUCUCACCCUGCGCCUCGUCGCGCACGCGCAUCUGGACGGGCGCCCCAAGCCCGGCGAGGACCCCGCGGCCGCGCCGCGCCCAGGGGUGGAGUCUCGCCAGCGCUACAAGGACUACCUGCGGGUCAUGAGCUCCCCGAUUGGGUCGCUGGAGGAGUACUGCGAUUCGCUGUGGCUGGAGAAGAGGCCUGGCAGGGGGCGGAGCCGGGUGGCGGGGGCAGGGUUAGGAGUGGGGAAAUGGAAACACAUUCAGGAAAUGAAGAAGAGCAGGAACAGGAGACACCAUGGAGGGAGGGAGGGGGAGAAGGAGAGGAGGGGACAGGGGAGGAAGGAUGGAGGGGGAGAGGAGAGGGCGAGGUGGUGAGGUAACACUGGUGGUGGUGGUUGUUGGGGCAGGGGGGUGUUGGGUAAUUGGAAUGGGGUAAAGUGUCAUGGCCAAGGGUGAGGUGACGAGCUGGACAUUCCAGGGCGGCUGGGGGACGUGAUUGGAACGCCCUGGGAACAGGGACUCCAUCAGUGUCAGGCCUCGGAAACUGAAAAGACAGGACUGAACUGCAUGAGUUCUUGGGACGAUCUUUCGAGGGCUCUCGGUCACUCCUUCAAACCCCUCUGCCAGACACACACUCUACUCCCGCUGCCCGUCUCUUAGAAACAGCCACAUCCAGUGAUGUCAUAUCCUCCCAUCGCACCCCUGUGCUUAAUCGGCACAAACUGGACAGAUGACGGCCAAGCCCAAGCUUUGGAGCCCAUACUCUUCCGCGCACCCUCCUUUUCAGAUUAGACAAAGCAGAGAGUGUGAUACGUGUGACGAGGAAGCCACUCGACAGAGUUGAGAUGCAGCCCUGAUGGCAGGUGUGUGGGGUGAAGAGGGAAGCAUUCAUGUUGAAUGACUGUGUAAAUACUUAUAUAACAUGUACAGGAGAAGCAGCAUGCUCUACUUAGGCUUAGCUAGUAGCUAUUUUACUGCUCAAUGACGAUAAUCAUGCCUUACCUUUAGAUUGAACAAAGCAUCAUAUUUUUGUACAAAGUUAUUAUGUCACUUUUUAUAGGUACUGUAGGUGUCAUUGUGCAUUUUAAACAUAUUUAAAUAAACGUUACAGGGAUUUCAUCUUCUUAAUAAUGCUUGUGUCACAGUUU